CCCCAAACUUGGAUCGCCUCCCGUGGAUGGUUUACACCGAUAUAUGCAGGAAUGAAUAGUUUAGCUUUGUGCUCCUGACCUUCCCUGCUCACAACCCAGCGUCAUUAUAUAGCAAAGCUGCUGCCUCCUCCCGCUUAGACCGGCGAGGUGGGACUGAAUAGCAAGCACUUGUUUCUUCUGUUGCUGGCCGCGUCCCGUCCUCCAGCCGCGUCCCGUCCCGUUCGCCGCCCCGCCAUGGCUGCAAGGCUGCAACCCGAGUACGGUGCCCAACCAUGUGACGGGAGGUGGGACGACGACGACGCCAUUACGCGCCGCCCUCGGCCGGAAAGAGGGGCGGGGACGAUGAUGCACGCGAAUUCGCUCAGAGCGGCAACGGCGACGGCGGUAAGAGCGUUCUCGUCCGCCGGCGACCGCGCCCGUGGGCCCUGGUGGCUGCGGCGGCUCCAUUGCGCAGGGCAUCGGGCUCCAGUUCGUGAGGCAGCUUGCGGAGGAGGAGCGACCAGGGACGACGUGCCGCGCCCCCGACUCCGCCGUGGAGCUCGAGGAGCUGAGGCGGGAGCGCGCGCGGCACCUCACCGUGCUGCCGCUGGACGUCACCGACGAGAGCACCAUAGAGGUAAUGGACGAAAAUCUCUCCUGCCUUUGUUCCCCAAAUUUUUACAAGCUGAUGCAGUGACACACUGCUGGGGAAUGUUUUGUUGUUUCGAUUGCAGGCCUCCGCGCCCGCAGUUGAGAGACCCACGGAUCUCUCUAUCUACUUUUGAUCCCAAAAAUGUUAUACAACCAGACACCUCAUUGAGCAGAGGUCAGAAGUCAUCCCUGCUUGUGGCAUAUGAAGUCGAUGCUGUCGGUCCUAUUCUAGUCAUCAAGCACAUGCGUCCAUUUCUGAAGAUUGGAGCGACCUUGGAAACAGGGAAGGGUUGCUCGUUGGUUGCAGAUAUGAGCGCCAGCCAGAGUAGGCUCGACAGGAGACAAUGGUCUGGGAGGCCGGCAUUUGUAUAAGGCUUCUAAAACAGCACUGAAUCAAUUUUUGCAGUGAUAAAGAGUGCAUCAGUCGAGUUGGGCAAGAAGACAACAUCGCCUGCAUUUUUCUACAUCCAGCAACAGUUGACAUUGACCUCUGACAGCCAUUCCAAAGAAAUGUGGCCAAGGAUAAGCUCUUUAGGGAGUUCUCUGUACAGAAGCUACUGUCUAUCAUCGGCAAUGCCAGAAGACUGACAACGGGAAGUUCUUCGCUUGGGAUGGUCAAGAAAUCCUGUGGUUACCACUGUUUUCAGUCAGUGACUGUCGCCCCUUUUUUGUGUGUGUGUCUUGUUUUUACCACUCUUCUUUCUUAUUUGGAACCGCUUGGUGCCCCUUUAGCUUUGAAUUAAAAAGCUUUACUCAAGCUCCAGUUAGAUAUCUAAUUUGAAAAGCGUGUGUUCCCAUUCCCUAGAAUAUUAUGCAUUUAAGAUGUUUGCCACUGAGUACAAGUCAAGCUUGUUUCCUAGGAUAUGCAUAU